AUGUCCGGUCCUGCGAACGCGACAGCGACGGGGCUGGUUCCGCUCCUGCCCCCGACCGAGAUAAAUGAUACGCACAAAGUCUACAGCAUGGCCCAGUCGUUUCUGGUCAUGAUGUUUCUUGCCACGGGCGUCUGUGUGUGGCGGCUGGUCGCGAGGUUCCGGGCGGGCAACUUUGGUCUCGACGAUUACACGGCCGUCGUGGCGCUGCUCGCAUAUAUCGCCUGGUCGACACUAGCCGUGUACGCCAACUUGAACGCGGGCGUGGGCAAGCCGCUCUGGGAAAUCACACUCGGCGAGUACACCAUCUGGUUCAAGAUCCUGAUGGCGACCGCCUUUCUGUAUCCCAUCAUGUCGACGCUGGUCCGGACAUCCAUCAUCUUGUUCUACCAGCGCAUCUUCGGCGUGCCGGGCUCGCGCUUCCGUGUGCUGUGCUGGGUCUUCAUCGGUGUCAACGUCGCCUACAUGGCCACGUUUGCCGUGCUGUCGGCGCUGAUGUGCCGUGCUGCCGGUGGUGACCUCGACCUGUUCCCGCUCAAGUGCAACAUCGAAUACUCGCUCGACACCAACACGGCCAUGCACGGCGUCGGGUUCGGUCUCGACGUCGUACUAACCGCGCUGCCCAUCUAUCCUGUCUUGCGCCUGCACAUGCCACGCCGCCAGAAGGCGGGCAUUGCGCUGCUGUUUCUGCUCGGCGCCAGCGCGACGGCUGCUGCGGGUGUCAAGUUUGUCCUCUAG